AUGUCAACCACAAAAAUUGCUUCGGAAUGCCAGGUUAGGAGGGCACGCGUUCACAAUGAGAAUCUCACAUACUGCAACGGUUGCGAAAUGGUGUACUGCGACUUUUGCUACGAUAUGCAGGCAGUACACGACAGCGACAGGAACCGUUCAGGAUCCCAUGAGAAGACCGAACUGAAUGUUGCAAAUUUUGUACUCUGUGUCUUUGACACGGGGGUUCCACUGCAGGAGAGGGAAGUGCAGCAUCACAACAACAUCUAUUCCAAAUGGUUCGGUGCUGUCAUCGAUGAUCAUAAGAAAAGCUACUUGCAUGACUUUGGCGGGUUCCUUAGACUGCUGCAGGACUCUGAAAUUCCUCCGUCCGACUUUUACCCCUCACUGAUCUCAUUUGUCGGGGAUACCGGGGCAGGGAAGAGUACGGUGAUCAAUGGAAUUCUAAGACUGCCGCAAGAGAUCACGAAUCAUGUCCCGGACGACAUUUUGAGCCCGGUAAUGGGAACGAGUUACGAACAGACUAUUCCAACCAGCGGUGAUGUCCAUUUGUUCAGUGACCCUGUCACACGCGAUACACGUUACCCAACCUAUUAUGUCGACUGCGAGGGCAUGGACGGGGGCGAGUCGCUGCCAGCCUCAGCAAGAGUAUGUCUUGUCACGACAAAUUCAAGGGCUUUCGAAGCCCAUCUUUCAAAGUUAUUGCUUUGGGCAGACACAGCGAUUGACAAGACGACAAAUCAGCCAAUGCUACCACAAGCAUUCAUGAUAUUCAAUGCCUUUAGCACGAAGGAGGCACCGGACGACAGUGUUUUCCAGGAUUGGUGGGAUACUAGCAAGGUCACGCGAGAGUUUUUGGAGCGUCGAGGCUCCUCCAUCCUUUCCUCCGAGUCCACGAUAGGAAAGUUGGCCGCUAGUUGGAAGGCGCGAGGGACUACAAUUAAAACUCUCACUGAGUUGAUAGAACGCUACUUCCGACACUUCAAGAUAUUUUGCAUCCCCAAAUUAGAGUCAGUUCAGCACUCGCGCACCAUCGAACAGUACCAAGCGCUGCAGACCGCGCUCUCAGCCGCUUCCAAAAGUGCUCGCAAGCGCCGACGCGAUUCAGGGUUUUUGAUGUCUGCCAGUACGCUCAACAGAUACCUUGAAAUGGCAUUCGAUCAUUUUACUGCAACACCGGAUAAGCCCUUUAACUUCUUGUCUACUGCCCUGGUUCAAAGCCCUGUCACGCAGACCCUAAAAGAUCACAUCUGCAAGCUCGCAGUAAAAUAUAUGUCAAUCCACCCAAUGAAACCCGGCAAUGAGAUAUUUAAGGACAUCUCCCUGUGGAUCGCCUCCUGUAUAUUUUUGAACUCCCAUCGCCUGCAACUUCCUAAUAUGGAUAUUACCAAGGAGGUUUACAACCAGUAUCGUGUAUUUUGUUCGGAGGCGUUCUCUCUGUUUUACAGUCGGGAUUGGCCUUGUGAAGCAGUUGACAUUAAGGGUAAUCGUUGUGUGAAUGUCCAAUCAACUCAUUCAACCAAAGGCCACCAAAACAUUGCCGGCAAGAUUUUCGAGGUGGAGGACCCGGAUACAAGCCUAAGACGGACCUUUAGGUCAUCCGGUGAUGAUAAAGUCAACAGGGGGCGGUUCUUCACUGAGAUUCAGAAAGAGCUUAGGGAGUGUCUUCUGAAAUACCACACUAAGAAGUCCGAGACAGAAUUCAAUAGGAAUCAGAUGAGGAAGGCAGUCGCUGAGGUUCAUGCAACAAUCUUUAAGAAGACAAGGUAUCGAAAUAUCAUAGGGCAUUUGAUCAGUCACAAAACCUGCUUCUGUUGUUUAGCCUCCAGCCCAGCACAUAAAUUGUUAUGUGGGCAUCUUCUUUGCCAAUCCUGUAUGGAGGACUACUCGGAGAGGGAAAGACGCCUCCCCCGGCUUGUCUUGAAGGCUUGCCCCCUCUGUGGGGUCAAAAAGCAAAAGUUGAGAGUGGAAGUAAAACCUCCUUCCGCCGGUUUGCGUAUAUUAUGUCUUGAUGGCGGGGGUGUUCGGUCUAUAAUGCAACUUGAGAUUCUGAGGCGGAUAGAGCGCGAGAUCGGUCUCGAUAUACCGAUAGACAAGUAUUUCGAUCUUAUUGUAGGGACAAGUGGGGGUGGGCUUGUAGCUGCUGGUAUAGGCUUGAAACGUUUAUCGAUCGAAAAGUCUAUCCAGAUGUUUAAAGAAUUUGCAAGCAAGUCGUUUGUCCCGCGGCCGUUGGUUAGCUGGCCCAUCCUAGGGAAGCUUGUCUUGGCGCACCACCAUGGGCGUUACAAGACUUCUUCGCUGCAGGACGUGUUGAAGAGUGCUUUCGGUGAUGAAAGCAUUUUUGGAGCAGCACUGGACUCUAACCUAUGUACCACAGUUCCUGGUCUAAAGGUCGCACUCACCGCAACAUCAUCAAACCGGAAGCCUUGUCUACUGACCAAUUAUAACCGCCCGCCUCCGGAGAGGAAACCUCAAGGAACAUGGAAAAGAGGGGAUGAGCAAACUAAAGCUCAGACUGAAGAGAUAAAGGUUCAAAAUAGUACACCGAAUAGCUCAAUGCGUUCUAGGAACGGUGCAGAUGAUCCCAUACCCUGUCCUGGAUCAGUAGUUUACGAGUUCCGGAACGAAACUCGGCGGUAUCGGCCGAUACAGGAAUCAAUUGCAAUCGACGCGUAUUUCGAAGUGGCCACUCAUCCUAAGCGUGAAAAGGAGCGCAGUCCAGGAAGCCUCACGAGUAGUGAUAAUGAGGAUGACGUGACUGGCAGUCUUCUGCUACACGUUGGUGAUGAUGAAAUUUAUGGGAAUCCGGCUGAUGAUCCUACAUACGAUUUCUUUAGGGGUGAAGACGAAUCAACCGAGCUAAAGUUAUGGGAAGCGGUCCGGGCUACCUCAGCUGCUCCUGGGUGUUUCAAGUCGUUUUCGCACGCCGCUUCACGGUACACGUUUGAUGAUGGGGCAUUGCGGUGUAACAAUCCAGCCUUUCUCGCUGAUAAGGAGAGGAAGGUUCUCUGGCCUGAACUAUCAAAGCAAGACCCAGACAUCAUGCUUUCCCUUGGCACAGGUUUUGAUCCGGACCCUCCGCAGGUGGCGGAUGACUCUCCACGUUCGGAGACAGGGAUCACAAGCUUCUUACAUAAAAUGAAGGAUCUGGGCUAUACCGCUGUUCUAGAGGAUAUGGAUUCUGAGAUGAAGUGGAGGGAAUUUACUGACGGCCUUAGAAUUGAUGACCAGGAUAAGGAGAGAUUAUCAAAGUAUAGAAGGCUGAACCCAUAUAUCAAGAGUCCUAUUCCGAAAAUGGACGAUUUCUGCCAGGUAGACAGCCUGCAACGGAAAGUAGACCGCUGGCUCAAUCUUAGACCGGCGGCCACUGAUGUUACGAUGAUUGCGCAUAAAUUGAUUGCGUCCCUUUUUUAUUUCGAAUUCCUUGGUGCCUCCGUUGAACCUUACAUAGGCGUGGAGUCUCUGAGACGAGGGGUUACCUUGACCUGCACUGGAAGAGUAAAAUGUCGGGUACGAUCACAAGCUCUGCUAAAACGAAUCGAACUCUACGUGAAUCGACCGCAGCCAGCCAGUAGUAUCUUCUUGAUUGGUGAUAGGAACGAGAUCAAGCGGGUUUUAACGGCCGAGCCAACGCCUGAAGAUGGCACCAAUUCAACCUACAGGAUCUCAUAUGAUGUGCAGUUUUCUUUGAAACGUGCGGAUAAGGAUAAGGAGAUGUGCAUUUACUUAUCGCUUUGGGACGACCCUGCGAAAGCGGUAAGCAUUAGCGGAUUUCCACGAUGCUUAUUCCCCGAAGCAAACUCACUUUCUAAGAGAACCCUUCCAAGAAGCGCCAGCUUUCGAUACCUUCCGGAUAGUGUUGUGUGA